AUGGAGCUCGAAACCAAAGCUCAUCGAACGCCCAAGGUUCUGACGAGGGACUACGAGACGAGCGGGAAGUACCCCUGGCGGAGAGCGUUCAGGAAACACCUGGCCAAGAACGCGGACCUGUGGAUCUGUCCGGUGAAGCCCGGCCACGAUGACGUCACGCCUCCAGCGGACCUCAAGCUCGUGAAGGCAGACCUCGAGGGGCUCGACGAAGUGAAGCCGGAGGAUGUGCAAAGUGAUAUUAGUGAUAGCGCCAGGACUAUAGACGGAGUCGUGCGGGAGAACCUGAGGAACGAGAUGAGGAAGCGGGCGCACAGCACCAGCAGCGACAGCAGCUACGACUCCGACCAGAGCCUGUACCCCGUCGAGAGGGAGUUCGAGAGCUUCAUCAACGAGGUCAACGCUGAUUGGUUACAUUUCCGACCGAAAACUCCGCCGCCCUCGUCACCAGUGAGUGAGCGGCACGAGGAGCAGUUCCCGCUGUCGCUGGACACCGCCAUCUCCGUGGAGCUCCGCGCCGCCGGGCCGCCGCCCCCCGACGCGCCCGACGCCUUCGUCACCGCAGACUUCACGCUCAGGGGACUCGCGCACGCGAGCCGGCACGAUCUUACGGGUUUAACUGAAACGCAAAUGCAGAGUAUUCUAUUAGAGACUGAUCUCAAGGUGUUACCAGACGAGGAAACCACAAGUAUCGAGCAACGAAGAUCAAGUUCUGGGAAGACGGAUUCAUUCGGUUCAUCCUCGAUAACUGUUAGUUCCACGUCCAAAGAACGCAUAUACGUGGAGAUGAAGGAGGUGCCUCGUCCCCCGUCCCCCUCGCCCUCUCCGCCCCCCGCUCCCGUCCGGUCGGCGGCCCCCGCCCUGGCGCCCCUUCCCGCGCCGUCCCCCAACCCCCCGCCCUCCCCGGCGCCCCGCAGCGACAGGAAAUUAGAUCCGAAGCCCGAGCCUGCGCCCGUGCCCACUCACCACAUCAUUGUCGAAGAGGUUAAUGAGGUUCCUAUAAAAAUGGAGAAGAAACCCAAAAAGGAGCCACACAACAACGCCGUCGAAGAACUCCAGUACCCGCACGGCGUCCAACUGAAGACAGUUCAAACGAAACAUUCGCCCCUGAAGAAGCACAUCAUAACCGCGCAGAGACGUCCCAGCGAGCUCGCGGCUGCCAGUGUCAGUGCCGGUGUCGUGACCAGCGCCGGCGUGUCGGUGGCCAGCGCCGCCACCUCCGCCGCCGGACAGCAGGACGCUCCGGCUCCUCAGAUACUAACCGUCGCGGUCUCCGACAGCCUCAAGGUCCGUCUCCAGAACCACAUAGUGCCGGGGCAGGCGGGCGUGCUGGUGCAGAACGGGCCCUACUCGCAGGUGGCGGUCGCGCUGCCCGUGCAGUCCGUGCACACCGUGCAGGCCGCGCGCGACAGCGGCGUGUCGAGCGUGUCGAGCGGGCGGCGCGUGGGCGGCGGGCUGGUGCAGCUGGGCGCGCACAAGGUGGUGGGCGGGCAGCCCGCGCCGCUCGUGGUCACGCACGCGCACUCGCCCGGCAAGCUGAAGGUGCUGCACGCGCACUCGCUCACGCACGAGCAGCGCGCGCAGCUCCUCGCGCACAGCCGCGCGCAGCCGCUGCCCGCCGUCGUGUCGCUCGCCGCGCUGCACGACAAGCGCCCCGCGCCCGCCGUCGCGCAGCUCUUCGAGAUCAAGGGCGGCCAGCUCGUCAACGUGGUGCGCCCCGCGCCGCCAGACAAGAAGCGCCAGUACGUCACCGGACUCAGCGUCGACGGGCGCCAGAUCGUGCGCGCGCCGCUGCAACUCCGCCGCGCUCAGCUGCCGCCGCAGCGCACCGUCGUCGCCAACGUGCUGCACAAGGCCGUGCUGCCCAAGCCCGGACAGAAGAUCGCCAUCUCCGCGCCCGCCCGCCCCGCGCUCGCCUUCACCGCCGCACACCUCAAGGGCCGGCACGCGCGCCUGCUGCACCCCUGCCUCGUCAACGACAGCAGCGCCGCCUCCGCAGCCGCCUCCUCCGCCUCCCCGGCGACGACGCCCCUCGCCCCCCUCGCGCCCACCGCACCCGCCGACGGAGACCGCCGCACGGCCGACACGCUGCCCAUGGAGGUCACGUGACAAACGACCGACACACCUCUGACGCUCCCGGGCUUCGACCGCGAGACCGAUGCUGAUGAUGCAAAUAGUAAAAAGGUCAAUACUGUCACCUCCGGCCGCCGGACUGAACCGCCGGCCCCUGGGA